AAGCAAAUUCAUGGAAAACAUAAGAAAGGUCAUGUACAGUGUGUUUACAUGGCCCUCAAAACCAACAACUAGACAACUUAAGUGAACAAAUACUGCAAAAAAAUAUAAGUGGUUGCCAUAACGACACAAGCUGAUCGAGGCAAACUCCACGCUCCGUCCAAACUUUCCUUUGUGUUAAAGUCAGCUCUCAGCCAGUUCGGUUGCUGGAUCUUUCUGGAUGCUCAGCAGACACCUGGAAUCACAAACUGGGCAAAAAAAAGAAAAGAGACAGAGAAAUCUGGUGAAGCACGGUGAAAAACCAAGGGUGACAGAUCAUCUUUUGCCUUGCUGUCUCUCCUCCCCUCCUCUCCUCUCUAGACAGGGUUGGGCCAAACAGCAGGUGGUGCAGAGGAGAAGCCCGGACAUGGGAUUUACAGAGCUCUGUCUCUCUGACAUCUGCACCGGACAAGUAUGGAGGAACAUUAUAUCUCAACUUUAAGUUUAUCUCAGGUGUCACAGCAAUAGCGUCUCUGGCUGAUGCUUGCUGAAUAAAGAUGCACAUGGACUUGGAGAGGCAAAGCAGCACUCAAAUCAGAUGACUCGAUCGAGGAGGAAGAUGUCCACAAUUUAAUCUCAGGACCACCGUUUGGACAGUCCGGAUGACGUGAGUCAUCAGGUUACAAAGGCCAAAGACCACUUAAGAAAUGGAGGUGCCUCUCUUUUGUGUCUGGAAUCUACAGGUAGAAGAGCCUUGAUGUCAACAUGGGGUCAAACAAACCGUAAACGUUGUGUUCAACUCACCUGACCUGACCUGUCAGCAUGCUAACACAGCAUAGAUGAUUCACCCUUUAAAGAGACCUAACUGGGAACUGACUGGGUCUAAUGAUGUAGCAGCUACGGGUGACUUACAUGUGGCCUAUGAUUCAGGACAGUCCAAACACAGUCAGUAUGGAAGUGCAGACAACCUCUUUGGUCUGGAUAUAUGUUAACAGCACAGAACAACUGAAUACAUCAUAUGAGUACAACACAACGUUUGAAGACUCAGACAAAUACCAAUCUUACAUCAUUGGUCUCUUCCUGUCCUGCCUGUACACCAUUCUCCUCUUUCCUAUUGGAUUUAUUGGCAACAUCUUAAUCCUGGUGGUGAACCUGAACCACAGAGAAAAGAUGACCAUCCCCGACCUUUACUUUGUUAACCUGGCUGUGGCUGACCUCAUCCUCGUGGCAGAUUCUCUUAUCGAGGUCUUCAAUCUGAACGAGAAGUAUUACGACUAUGCUGUCCUCUGCACCUUCAUGUCCCUUUUCCUGCAGGUCAACAUGUACAGCAGCAUCUUCUUUCUCACAUGGAUGAGCUUUGACCGAUACAUUGCCUUGGCUAGCUCCAUGAGCAGCAGCCCGCUGAGGACUAUGCAGCAUGCUAAGCUCAGCUGUGGCCUCAUCUGGAUGGCCUCCAUCCUGGCCACCCUUCUCCCAUUCACCAUUGUGCAGACCCAGCACAGGGGUGAGGUGCACUUCUGCUUUGCCAAUGUCUUUGAGAUUCAGUGGCUGGAGGUAACCAUUGGCUUUUUGGUGCCCUUCUCCAUCAUUGGUCUAUGCUACUCUCUGAUUGGGCGAAUCCUCAUGAGGGCCCAGAAGCACCGUGGAUUGUGGCCACGGCGGCAGAAGGCCCUGCGCAUGAUUGUGGUGGUGGUUCUGGUGUUCUUCAUCUGCUGGCUGCCAGAAAACGUCUUCAUCAGCAUCCAGCUGCUGCAGGGCACAGCUGACCCAUCGCAGAGGACUGCUACCACCCUGUGGCAUGACUACCCACUCACAGGCCACAUUGUUAACCUGGCAGCUUUCUCCAACAGCUGCCUCAACCCCAUUAUCUACAGCUUUCUAGGAGAAACCUUCAGGGACAAGCUGCGUCUCUUCAUUAAGCAGAAGGCCAGCUGGUCAGUGGUGAACCGCUUCUGCCACCACGGCCUCGAUUUACACCUCCCUGUUAGGAGCAAAGUUUCAGAGGUGUGACUUUUAAGAGGAGAGACGUGUUACGAAAACAUGUGCACAAAAUAUGCUAAAAAUUCUUCAUAUCAAAGUGAUAUAUCACCCCGUGUGAAAUAUUACCUCAGCCUUCUAUCUGUCAUUUAGCUUCGCCUCAUAGUUGUAUCAGUGUUUCAGUUAACCGGCUCACUUUCUGAACAAAAACACAAAAUCACCACGAAUGUACACUAAAACGAAGGGUGAAAAUGACUUGAUGUGUGCGUCUCUUUUCGUAGAUAACAACACACAUACAGCACUUAAAGUUAUUUUUGUGUUAUCUGGAUGUUGGAUUGUUUUCUUUAAGUGUAUUUGGUGUAUUACUUCUUCAGAAAAGUUAGCUGGAUGGCAAGCCAGGGGACAGUAAAUGAAUAGAUUUACCCUUGAAGUGCAGUCAGUGGGCAAAGACAAGACUAAUGGAGAGAUGAGAGUCAGAGGAGGCCAACCUUUGUGUAAGGAGGACAACGAUGAAACUUUUUACAUCGUGUAAUCUUGAUACAAAUCUUCCAGAGCACUUUCUGGAUACACAGGAUAAUCUGUAGAAAUGUUGAAGCAGCAUACGCAGAGCAAGAGAAGCGUCGUUUGAAGUAAAACCUGCAUGUUCCUUCACUUGUUAUAAUGUUAAAAGAAAAAAAUGUACCACCAUGACAAUCCGAACAACUGCUGUCAUCUGUCGCAUAGUAAUACAGCACACAACCAUGAAAGACGUCAGGCUGCAAAAGAAAAUGGCCUCAUGUAUAGCUAAGCAUUCACUGGACAAAAAUGUUCACAAAAAUAAUUUUAUUUUUUAGAAAUAAAGAGAAUGUACUGCUUUUCCAGGAGUAUAAAGUGGAGGCUGUUGAUAAAUUCUAGUAACAAGAAAUUUAUCUUUUAGAUUUCAAGAACACUAAACAUCUUUUAAAAAACUAACUAGUUUGUACAUGUCUUUAAGUAUAACAUGGAGUAAAUAAAGGGUAAUGUAGCUGCACCUUGUGUUCACAGUCACACUACAAUGUGGGCCAUUUUCUUGAGAUUAAUCUCCAAUCUCCUCUCUGAUGUCUGAGCUUGUCAAUAUUAUGUUAAGCAAAGUUGGCUGUCAGUGAGAGCUCAUUUCAAAGACGACUGAGUUAUUGCCUCACUUGUCAGUCCCUGUUAGCAUGAUGGUAGAGCAAAAGGGGCAGGUGUUGUUUUGCCAGCAGGGAAUGAGACUGGGUAAACACAUCAUUUAAUGCUGGCAACACGAAGCUGCUUCAAUAUUUCCUUCUUACCCGUCUUCAUCAUAUAUUAUUCUGAUAAACAACAAUGGCCAUGUAAAACAUGCUGCACAUUUGUGGCUUGUUUUCCUGUCUGUGAGCUGAUUCAUUUGUUUUAUUCGCUUGAUACAAAUAUUAAAAUCAAGCAUCAGACAUUUGAUAAAAAUGCUUUUAAAAAGAACAAAGAGGCUCAUUAACACAUUGAGCUCAGAUCACCAGGAUACACAGGUGCAGUUUAGAAAUUUCAAAUUGUUUCCCAUCAGAGGCUUGAUAGCAGAGGUUUUAAUGAAGCCCUUCAUAAAGUUUUAUGGCAUCUAAUUGUUUUUUUUUACCGUCAGAGAAAAUAUAAAUUUUCCGUAACACUUACCUGCAUUAUAUGAGAUACAACAGGGUUCACAGAAUAUUCCCUUUCUUAUUUACAUUUUUGAAAAACAAGUACUGCAUGUACAACAGGUGCUUCUGUGCAUUAAAAGUAAAGAAGUGAAUGUGUUGUGUAUUAACAGCAGGCGUGCGAAGCAAAUUCUGUCGUGUCCAGGUUGGAGAUCGUCCGUCAAUAUAUAAAAUCUGUCUACUGGCAGCCUGUGGUGGUCCAGAGCUGUACAUGAGACAGGCAGAGAUAAUAGCGUGACUGGGAAAACAGGAGUCCAAACCACAAACUGUUAUUCCAGCUGUAACUGACCCAGCUGCCUGGGAAAGCAGCGCUGAGGAUUGUUUCAAUGAUUGUUUAUUAGAGGUCUGCAAAAAUGCAAAACUUAUUUUGGUACAUGAUGCUAAAGAUGUUUUGCAUGAUGUUUCCAUUACGCCGUUUCAUAGCAAAUAUGUCCCAUAUGCAUUCAGAAUGUGCUGCUUUUCAGUGUCGUAUUGAAUAACCUUGACAAAGGCAUGUUUGAGCGCAGCUUAUAUUUUUGUAUUUUGUGUGUGGAUUUAGACAUGUGUGAAGGCUGGAAUCUUCUGUAAACAGCACACGGCUCUGUCAGAGCCACAGAGGGCACACACAGGAAGACAGGCAAGUAAUAAUGUGCGAAGGCUGGGAUCUUCAUUGACAUAACCAAGCAACACCUAGACAUCAGAGCCAAGUCCCUCCGAGUGCAGCACUGUGGAAGAGGCAUCUUUGCAUCACACAUACACACAUCCACAUGCAUGCAAACACACACACUGGAGAUGUUGUGAGAAGAGGUUGACAGUAGACUGUGUGUACAGCUGAGACCACUGGGUGAGGUUAAAGGUUUGCGGUGACUGACGUCAUAGAAAGGAAAAAGGGUGUGACUUUUCCCCUUGCUUACAGUCAAUACUUCCUCUGGAUGACGCUGGAUUAAACAAGAUCAACGUCUUUCAUGCAGCCAACUGAUGAUUAUGUAGUAAUCUAGAGACAAAUCCUGGAACCUCUUAUUGUCUAAAUGGGAUGAAAAAAUUGCUGGCAUUGCUCAUUAAAACAGUAACUUCGCAGUUUUAUGGGCACAUUUUCCUUGUUGCAGCCAUCUAAUUUUGCUUCAGGGGAAUGCUGAUUGAACUACACGAUCAUUUCAGAGGCUGU